AUGGAACGCACACAAGCAAAAAAACUCCGCGAAGUGCAGAAUGAUCUUAAGCGGUUCAUCCACGCGAACACUACACUGAUCGACCACAGCCUCGAGAACGAUCUCAGAGCGUUGAAGAUGGUGCGCUCCCACAUUGUGGAUACCGCGUACACCUUCCCGCACCACUAUGGCCUCCCUUACCGCAGGUCACUCAGAAACCUAACAUCCAGCAUCUUGAAGAGGCAGCUACAGAUGAACGGUGACAAUAGUUACGAGGAUCCGAGUGCGUGUAUGGAACUGAUAUUGUGGUAG